AUGGCGGUGGCGGGGGGCACGGCGAGCCGUAGGGGCUCCGAGCGGCCCUGCCCCUUCUCCAUCGAGCACAUCCUGUCAAGCGCGCCCGAGCGGAGCCCCCCGGCCCGGGCCACCCUCCCGCUGCAACCCCCCAGGCCCUCGAGCCCUGCGCAGCCCGGCGAGCCUGGGGCGCCCGACGCCGCGCCCUGCGCCUGCUGCUGCUGUUGCGCACCCCGCGCCGUGCCCCGGGGCCCCCCGCAGCCGGCGGCCGCGCUGGGCUCGCGGCUGCCGUGGCCACUGAAGCUGGGACCCGCCGCGCCCUCGCCCCUGCCCAUGCCUCUGGCGGCGCAGGCUGGAGGCUCCGGGCCGCUACCCAGCGAGGGCGGCCCCGGGCCACAGCGGCGCACGCGGCGCCACCGCACCAUCUUCAGUGAGGAGCAGCUGCAGGCUCUGGAGGCGCUCUUCCUGCAGAACCAGUACCCCGACGUGGGCACCCGCGAACGCCUGGCCGGCCGCAUCCGCCUGCGCGAGGAGCGCGUGGAGGUCUGGUUCAAGAACCGUCGGGCCAAGUGGCGACAUCAGAAGCGUGCUGCGUCCACCAGACUCCUGCACGGAGUCAAGAAGUCCCCUAAGGAGAACUGCUGA